AUGGGUACCGCUCGAGUAUCAUCCGGAGAUUGGGACAGGCAUAAACCCAAACUGCACCGACUGUACAUGAUCAAAGACACGAGCAUGGACGAAUUGAAGACCAUGAUGGAGAAUGAGGACGGCUUCGCGCCCACUAAAAGGCAAUAUCACUACCAGCUCUAUGAGCGUUGGCGAUGGUCGAAAUAUAAACCGGCCAAGCUUCAAGGGGGAGGCGAACCCCAACGACCACAAGAACCCCCAGCGCUGCAUAAAGCCGACUUUGACCUUGCUCUGUUCAACCACAAUGCCGCGUUUGAGAGAUACGUCAACCUCCUGGAAGACCUGGAUCCAAUCUGGCGAGAUCGUGUCGUCGUCCCUCUUGCACGAUGUGCCACCACAGUCGAGCAAAAAAACAAAGCACUCGGAUGUCUAAAAGGAAUGCAUCCCCGGACUUGCGAUCUCUCGUGCCCCAAAAGCUGCCGAUAUUGUCUUCUAAAGGACAGACUGCAGAGACACAGUCAAGGCGAGGGAGCGAGAGACACAUGGGGCCAAAGCAAAGGUGGUGCCGCUGCUCACUGCUCUCACAUUGCUAGCAGCCAACUCGAACACAUUAACUUAUCAAUGGAUGGAUUCUCCUUGGAUCUCAUCUCAGUCCAAUGCAUCAUCUCCAAUUUCGACAAUCUCGACCCACAGUCAGUCGCAGUCAUGAUGGAAACCAUCCUCAAGAACCAGCCAUGCUUCAAUAACGACGACGACUCCGGGGAGAGCGACGUGAUAUCCUGCAUCCUCAACUGCUUCGACUGGUGCAUAGAGAAGCUAAACGAUCCAGAUUUUCGGGUACCCCCAGCCUUUCAGAACCUCCCCCAGGGGAGGGGCUCAUGGAUCCACGAUGUGCGCCUUUUCACCGCCCUCUGGGACCGCUGGCACACUGAGGACGGCCCGAACUCGAUCCCAUGGUCUCAAUGCUGCUGGCCGACCCUAGGCAUCUCGGCCUCCGAACUUCUCUUCUAUAUGAGCUCCCUGUUCCUCAAUGACUCGACCACUGAGAAAGAGGGAUUGGACCAGCCUCCAUUCGACGAUAACCAUUACGAUGCCGCCCUGUUUGAGCGAGCCAAAUCCGGUAUGAGGACGGUCCGAAGCUGGAGUAACCAAAAGUUGGAGCUAUGUGCACAGACCGCGUGCGAGUUUGUCUGGCUGAACGGCCACUCUUGGAUGCCAGAUGAGGAGGACCAUAAACCGCUUGAGGAAGCUGUCUGGCGCGAUGCGGGGCAUUACUUGUCCAACUUGGGCGACGGCUAG